CCCACAAGUCCAAUCAUCAUUCAUCUUCAUUUUUGUUUCAUCAUCUGCUUUAUUUUACACAGAACACAGGCUCAAAGCUUACAGUGAAAACAUUAGACUGAAGUUUGCUGGCUGAGCUAUUGAAUUAUCAAGCAGUUAAGAGUCUAACUGAUGAAUCUAGCUUGAUAGGUGAGGCUGGUUCGUUUGUCUCUCAGCUACAAUACAAAAACAUUCACACUAAUGUUUUCGUCCUUUUCGCUAAGUGUUUGAGAAUAAAUAUUUAGUUCAAAUAAAAGAUAAAAGAGUGACCAUUAGUCAUGUAGCAACCUGACAGGAAAGAGGCAUCUCUCUCUCACAGAUGCUAAUCCGCCUUAAGCACUUCCUGCUGUUUUUGGUUCUGUCAGCUCUCUACUGAACUGUAAAACCAAACGAACCAACAACCUAAGUGUUGUUCGUGAGACUAUGUAAUCCCAAAGCUCUGCCAGGAAAUGGUUAUUUUAUUUCUGUCACUCUACUACCUAAUGUGGCAGAAUGUAUAAGACAUCAGGAAAUAAUUUGCAAACUAGAGAAGUGAUAUCAAAUGUAUAAAUCAUUUUUCUGUCCUGCCAUGACUGCCGAAGACACAAGAAAUUUCAUAAGACAGCGAGAUUCAUCAAGGUAUUUUAUUUUGUUUACUACUUUAUUUUCAGUACUCUGUCAUGCUUUGUUGCUUUACUGAGUGCGGCGUGUGCUGCUCGCGUAAUUAUAGUCUUUUUCAGUGUUUCAUUAUAGAUAAUGAACAGUUCAUUUAAAAUGUGUUCAAAAUAUGCAUUUUAAAAGUUUUUUUAAUGACUUUUUUUAGCAUAUGCAGUUCCAUUUGAAAUUCACAUUAAUUCAUCAUUUAGAUAUAGAAUCAACAAAAUACAGUAGAAAUACUGAGUAGCAUUAAGUAUUAAAUACAAAUUUAAAUCAUAUAAUUGUUUUUUUAAUUUAUCAAUUUAUGAAUUGAUUUUAACCGGACACCUAUGAUGCUGGUGUUUACCAUUUUAAAUUUAAUGCCAGUAUUGAACUGUAGGUAAGGACAUCCUCAUUGAGGCUUAGCUGAAGAACUUGGGGCUUGUGUCAUUUAUAACAAUAAAAUAGAUAAAUAUCUUGCCAUUGAGAACUACACAAAUUAAAUUUGUGUAAUGUUUGCGUGAAUCUGGCCAUACAGUACAAGUGGACCAUACAACAUGUCGAGUAUUAUCCCUUAAACACUGAAAAAGGACAUAAUAAGGUCACACACUCCAAACUCCAUGAGAGGCCUUUUGCCGGGAAGACAUCUUGACUUGUCACAGUAGAAAAAGUGAAAAUCUGAUUAAUGAUUCCAUUCAGGUUUUAGUUUUGUGCAUGCUGACUCGCUGUCACACUGUCAUGACUCAGUGGGACACUUGAACAGCCAACAUUAAUGUUGUUAGUUACACCUGUGCUUUUCCUGCUGUGACAAGUCAAAAUGUCUGCUGUGAUAAAAAACCCAUGUUUUAGUGAACAGAAUGAUGAAUGCAAGUGUAUUUCCCAGAAAUAUCAUGGCUUCUCUGUGGUAUAAUUACCCAAAAUGCCUUUGGGAAGGAAGUCAGACAGCAUCUGUUUUAUUCCCAAGGUUCAUUUGCAUUUUUUAAUAUUUAUCUCAGAUGACGUAGAGGUAGUUUGAUAAAUCAUCAAAGGUAGUUUGAUCAUGUGUACGUCAGCUUAUUAGUCACAACCAACAACUGUAUGAACUGUAAAGAAAAGGCCUGAUGGUUUUCUUUUUUGUUUUAUAGGGACUAAGAUGAGAAUCCUGACAUUUCUCAUGUUUGUCCUGCUAAUGCAUCAAAGCUUGUCACUCUCCGUACCACAGUGUCACAGCUGUGAACAAACAUCCUGUAACUGCUCGAGAGAAAACCUGACGAAAGUCCCUGCAGCCCCUUCAAAGCUCAUCACUGAACUCGAUCUCUCAUUCAACAGACUGGGGACAAUAAGGAAAAAUGACUUUGUUGCAUAUGCCAGUUUACAGUCUUUGAUCAUGAAUAACAACAGAAUCAAAACAAUCCAGGAGCAAGCAUUUGUCCCACUGAGUAAUUUGGAGAAAUUGGACUUGUCCUUAAACAGACUAGAUACGUUGUCUGCUGGAUGGUUUAAGAACCUUUUUUCUCUUCAGUACUUGAAUCUUUUGGGGAACAGAUAUAACACGUUGGGUCAAGGCAAUCUUUUCCAGCCACUGAAGAGAUUAAAAACCCUACAUUUUGGAGGACCAUACCUUCAGUCUGUCAAAAAAAGUGACUUUUCUGGCCUCAGUGGUCUUGAAGCGAUUAUUUUUGAUGGACAGAAUCUGCAUUUCUACACAGAAGGAAGUUUGAGACAAAUUGGGCCAAUUAAAUAUGUAACACUAGGUCUGAAUGGUCCGUUUCAGAGAAAUCAAUCACUUGUAGGAGCUAUACUGUCUGAUGUCGUACACCCAGACACAACCCUGACAUUCACUGACACAUGGUUCAUCACAAAGAAUCAAAUGAUCCCAUUUAAAGUGGCCUUCAACGGUGGAACAACACGUGUUAUUUUAAAAAAUAAUAACAUUACAGUUACAGCUUGUUUAGCAUUUCUAAAACUGCUGUCAAACUCGAUUAUAAAUAUGUUUGCACUUGAAGAUACAAAAUUCUUCUUCAUUCAUUUGAGUGACAUUACAUAUCCCCAAUCCAUGGACCAUUUGGAGACUGUUGUCCUCAAAAACAUUGAUGUCUAGUGAGAUGAGUUCUAUAGUUUCCCAGCU